AUGACGCCUCUUCACAUCUGCAAAGUUCACAGCCGCCCUAUGCCUCCCUUCAGCAGCUGCCGCUGCAGCCUCGCCAGCCUUAUUCUCCUCUUCUCCAAGGUGCUGGUGGCGAACAGGGGGGAGAUAGCAUGCCGAGUGAUGAAGACGGCGCGGGCACUGGGCAUUCGCAGUGUGGCCAUCUAUUCUGAGCCGGACGUGGAGAGCCUGCACGUCCGCAUGGCGGAUGAAGCCGUCUGUGUGGGCCCAGCACCAACAGCGCAGAGCUAUCUGAACACGGAUGCUGUGCUGGACGCGAUUAGAAGCACAGGGGCUGACGCGGUGCACCCCGGAUACGGGUUCCUGUCAGAGAAUGCCCUGUUUGUGGAGCGGCUGGAUGAGGAGGGCGUGACGUUCGUGGGGCCCAACUUGAACGCCAUUGACGCCAUGGGGGACAAGAUUCACAGCAAGCGGUUGGCGAAAGAGGCCAAGGUGAACACCAUUCCAGGGAAGGAGGACGUUAUCAGGGACGAGGACCAUGCGGUUGAGAUCGCGCAAGAGGUGGGCUUCCCAGUCAUGCUCAAGGCGUCUGGCGGUGGAGGAGGCAAGGGCAUGCGUGUUGCAUGGAAUGAGAAGGAGGUGCGGGAGCAGUUCAGCGUGUGCAAGGCAGAGGUGGCUUCCAGCUUUGCUGAUGACCGCAUCUUCGUGGAAAGGUUCAUAGACAAGCCAAGGCACAUCGAAGUGCAGGUCAUGGGGGAUAAGCAUGGCAAUGUGGUGUGGCUACCAGAGAGAGAAUGCUCCAUCCAGAGGCGAAACCAAAAGGUGAUAGAGGAGUCGCCCAGCACGUUUCUGGACGAGGCAACGAGGGAGGCCAUGGGCGAGCAGGCUGUGUCGCUGGCCAAGGCUGUCAACUACGACUCCGCUGGCACUGUUGAGUUCCUAGUGGACGCCCAGAGGAAUUUCUUCUUUCUGGAGAUGAACACGCGCCUGCAGGUGGAGCAUCCGGUCACAGAGUGCGUCACGGGUCUCGACCUCGUGCACCUCAUGUUCCACUCCGCUGCCGGCCAUGCGCUGCCCAUAGACCAGGAGAGGGCAAGGAAGAUCCACGGGUGGGCGUUGGAGUCUCGGGUUUACUGCGAGCAUCCCUUCAUGAACUUCCUCCCCUCCACAGGCAAGCUGCGCAGAUAUCGCGAGCCCAAGGAGGUGCGGACGCCGACUGAGAUCGUGCGGCUGGACACAGGGGCGGUGGAGGGGCAGUACAUCUCCAUGUACUAUGACCCACUGCUCUCUAAGCUAAUCACGUGGGGACCAACGAGAAAGGACGCCCUCGAGUCCAUGAAGCACGCCUUGGAUCGUUAUUAUGUGUGUGGGCCGUUCAACAACAUCUCCUUCCUCCGCUGCAUCUUCUCACAGCCGGCGUUUGAGUCUGGCGAUAUCAGCACCAAGUUCCUGGACAUCCACUAUCCGAAUGGUUUCACGGAUGACCGACUGACGCCCAGAGAGGAGAAAGAGGUUGCAGCCAUUGCUGCCUUUCUUGAAAUAGUCAAGUCCCGGAGAUCUCUGCUAGCUGUCAACGCUGCCGCCCCCGGCACGCCCGGCGCAAUAGGAAACGGACACCUGGCGCAUGCCGGUUGGGUGGAGGAGGAGGGAGAGGGGGGAGGCGAGGAGGGGGAGGAGGAUGGGGGGGAGGGGCUGAGGGGGAAGGCGGAGCUGGUGGUGAGUUCGGAUGGGGUGGAGCAUGCUGUGGUGGUGCGGCACUGGAGCAAUGAGAAGAAGCCACACCUCUGUGUUGCGGAUAUCGAGGUGGGGGGGGAGGUGAUCCGGGUGGAGGAGGCGGUGCCAGCAGGGUUGGGGCGGGGGGUGGUGGAUAUCCGAGUGGAUGGGGAGGACACCGUGUGCAUGGUCAUGGAGAAACACGCAAGAGGGUUCAAGCUUGUGUAUGACGGCUGCACCAAGGACGAAGUGCUGGUGCAUCAAAAGAAGGUGGCUCCUCUACAGAAGUACAUGCCACCCAAGAAGGUUCAAGAUGUCUCCAAGAUGGUCAAGGCUCCUAUGCCUGGUGCAGUGGUCGCAAUCGGUGUCAAGCCAAACAAGAAGGUGCUUCCUGGUGAUGAGCUGAUAACGAUCGAAGCCAUGAAGAUGCGCAACGUGCUGCGUGCUGAGGAGGCAGCCACUGUAAAGGCUGUAUAUGUGAAGUCUGACAGCGAGUCCGAGGAGGAGGAGGAAGAAGUCGAAGAGGAAGAGUCGGAGGAGGAAGAAGACGAGGCCCCCAAGGCCGCCGGCGAUGCCGGGCGAGCGUCGAUCUACCUGCGACAGGGCGACAGCGACAGCGAGGACAGCGACGACGGUCGCGCGCGCGUCGUUCGGCCGGCCCGCGAGAAGCGGUACGACGAGAUGGUGUCGACGGUGGAGCAGAUUAAGAACCAGAUGAAGAUUAACGACUGGGUCGCUCUGCAGGAGAGCUUUGAGAAGCUGAACAAGCAGCUUGAGAAAGUGCUGCGCCUGAUCGAAUCCUCCGUGCCCCCGCGGCCGUACAUUAAGGGUGUCGUGCUGCUGGAAGACCACCUGAACGCCGCUUUAACGAACAAAGAGGCGAAGAAAAAGAUGAGCAGCAGCAACGCCAAGGCUCUGAAUUACAUGAAGCAGAAGCUGAAGAAGAAUAAUAAGCUGUACGAGGCCGUUAUUGAGAAGUUCCGGGCGAGUCCUGAGUCGGAAGAGGAGGAGGAGGACGACGACGAGGAGGAAGAGGAGGAUGAGGACGAGGAGGAGGAUGAGGAGGGGGUGGAAGAUCCAUUGGAUAGAAAGGGAGGGGAUGAGGAGGAGGAGGGAGGGGAAGGGUGGGAGACGCAGAAGAGCAAGAAGGACCGGGCGAUGGAGAAGCAGUUUCAGAGGGAUCAUAGCGAGAUUAAGUGGGAGGAGGUGAAUCAGAAGCUUAAGGAGAUUAUUGCGGCUAGGGGUCGCAAGGGGACGGAUAGGGUGGAGCAGGUGGAGCAGCUGACUUACCUGGCUAAAGUCGCAAAAACCCCGGCGCAGAAACUGGAGGUCAUGAUGCAGGUGGUGUCCGCGCAGUUCGACGUUUCGCAGAAUCUUCACCUGCAUCUGCCCGUCCCCGUUUGGAGGAAAUGCGCGGAGAAUAUAAUGACGAUUCUCGACAUUCUCGAGGGAAACCACAACAUUGUCCUGGACGAGAAUUACGAGGUGGUGGAGGACGAUAACGAGACGCAGAAAGGCGCGGAUUUCGAGGGGAAGAUCCGGGUGUGGGGAUCGGUGGUGUCGUUUGUAGAGCGUAUGGAUGAUGAGCUGUUUAAGAGCCUGCAAUGCACGGAUCCGUACACUAAGACGUACUUAGAGCGGCUUAAGGACGAGCCGACGCUGCUCGCGCUGGCUCAGAACGCGCAAGCGUACGCGCUGCGCGUGGGCGACACCAAGGGCGCGUCGCGUGCGGCUCGUCGCCUGUGCGAGCACAUCUACUACAAGCCUCAGAACGUGUACGCAGCUCUGCGCCUGAUGUCGGAGCAGCAGCAGCAGGCAGCGGCGGCCGCCGCCGCCGCCGCCGAAACCCCCGCGGACGCCGCCGCCGCCGGCGACGAGGACGCGUCGCCAGACGACGAGCCCGAGUCCGCCGCCGCGAAAGACGCCAAGCGCCGCGCCGCGAUCGCGGUGAACUCGUACGGGCCGCCCGCGUUUAUCCCGACGCCAGAAGCGGUUCCGCGGUGGCCGGUUUUCCCGGAGAGCGGGCGCGCGAUGAUGAAGGCGCUGCUGGCGGUGGUGUACGCGCACGGGGAGGAGCGCAGCAAGGCGCGCGCGAUGCUGUGCGACAUCUACCACCACGCGAUCAACGACGAGUACCACACGGCGCGCGACCUCAUGCUCAUCUCCCACCUCCAGGACGCGGUGCAGCAGAUGGACAUCAGCACGCAGAUCCUCUUCAACCGCGCCAUGGCGCAGCUCGGUCUUGCCGCCUUCCGCAGGGGGCUCAUCCCGGACGCCCACAGCUGCCUCGCCGACCUCUUCGCUGGCGGCCGCGUGAAGGAGCUGCUCGCACAGGGCGUCUCCCAGUCUCGGUUCCACGAGAAGACCCCCGAGCAGGAGCGCGUGGAGCGGCGCCGGCAGAUGCCGUACCACAUGCACGUGAAUCUGGAGCUGCUGGAGGCCGUGCAUCUGCUGUGCGCCAUGCUGCUCGAGGUGCCUUCGCUGGCCGCGCACUCCACGGAUGGGCGCAGGAGGGUGAUUUCGAAGAAUUUCCGCCGGCUGCUCGAUAUGUACGAGCGCCAGACGUUCACCGGCCCCCCUGAGAACGUGAGGGAUCACGUCAUGGCAGCAUCACGCGCACUCAUGUGUGGCGACUGGCAGCGGGCCGUGCAGCUGUCAGAGGCGCUGGACGUGUGGAAGCUGCUGCCGGUGGCGCAGAGGGAAUCCGUGCUGGGGAUGCUGAGGGGCAAGAUCCAGCAGGAGGCCUUGCGGACGUUCCUCUUCAAUGCGUCUUCUACUUAUGCCUCAAUCAGUCUCGACCAGCUCACACAGAUGUUUGGCAUGACGGAGAAGGCAGUGACAGGGGUUGCCAGCCGCAUGAUGAUGAACGAGGAGAUCAGCGCCAGCUGGGACCAGCCCUCCAAGUGCAUCGUGGUCAACGCGGUCAACCCCACGCGCCUGCAGCACCUCGCCCUCCAGUACGCGGAUAAGCUAUCAGUUCUCGUGGAGGGCAAUGAGCGGGCCUUUUCAGAGAAGACUGGCGGCAUGACGAUCGAAGGCGCAGGGGGAGAGAGAGGCGGGGGCAGGCGGGGCAAGGACGGCGGCGGGGACUAUGGGGGGGGACGCAGGGACGAUUACGGUGGUGGGGGCGGGGAGCGGUACGGGAGAGGGGGAGGACGAGGUGGGUAUGGCGGCCGAGGGGGAGGGAGAGGAGGAUGGGGAGGCGGUGGAGGUGGUGGUGGUGGGGGCGGAAGAGGGGGGUACAGAGGGGGAGAUGGGGGAGGAAGGGGAGGGCGUGGGGGCAGGGGAGGGUACAGAGGAGGGGAUGGAGGAGGAAGGGGAGGAAGGGGUGGUGGCGGUGGUGGUGGUGGUGACGCCAGUAGGUUUGUCAACCUUGGUCGGGCGGGAGGGUAUUAA